UGAGCAGCUGUGUGUACACAUCACAGAGUGCAGCAGGGCCUACAGGCAGAGCUGCAGUGUGAGCAGCGAUGGGAGGAAUAUAACCAGCUUUAUUUAUAUACAUGUCAUCAGGUAUUCUCAAAAAAUGGAGGGAGGAAACUUUGGCUACUCCCAAGACUAUCUUGACCGCUUCAUCCAAAGCCAGGACUCAUCUGUGGUGAACAAGUUCCAGCAGAAGUACUGGAAAACCAAACAGACGCUCAUCAAGGUCACGGGGAAGAAAGAGGACGAACAUGUUGUGGCGUCAGACGCAGAUCUGGACGGCAAGCUGGAGGUCUUCCACUCCAUCCAGAGAACAUGCAUGGAGCUGCUGAAGGUCAUUGAGCAGUACCAGAGGAGGAUCUGCUUUCUUUCCCAGGAGGAGAACGAGCUGGGUCGUUUCCUGCGCUCCCAGGGCUCGCAGGAUAAAACCAGGGCUGGGAAGAUCAUGCAGGCCACCGGGAAAGCACUCUGCUUCUCCUCCCAACAGAGACUGGCUCUGAGGAGCCCUCUGUGCCGUUUGUACCAGGAGGUUGAAACGUUCCGCUACAGAGCGAUCUCAGACACGUGGCUGACGGUGAAUCGAAUGGAGCAGUCCAGGACUGAGUACCGCGGAGCGCUGCUUUGGAUGAAGGACGUAUCUCAGGAGCUGGAUCCAGACACUCAUAAACAGAUGGAGAAAUUCCGCAAGGUUCAGGCCCAGGUGCGCACAACCAAAACAAGCUUUGACAAACUGAAGAAUGAUGUCUGCCAGAAAGUCGACCUGCUGGGAGCCAGUCGCUGCAACCUCCUCUCUCACGUUUUAACCACAUACCAGACAACACUAUUGCACUUCUGGGAGAAGACAUCCCACACCAUGGCGGCCAUACACGAGAGCUUCAAGGGCUGUCAGCAUUACGAGUUCUCCACACUUAAGACCUUACAAGGCCCCAUGGACAAGCUGGCUAAGAAGAAGGGGAAGAAGAAAAGUAAAGCAGAGGCAAACGACGGGAAGAAAGCCGAGACCUCAGAGGACCAACUCAUCUCUCUAGUGAAUGACAACACCAGCGAUAAGACCACAGAAGAGUCAGAGGCAGAGAAGGACAGCAUGGCCUUACUGAAUGAGAUCCUGGGCAGCAUGUCUGUGGACGAGGGCGACUUCUCUCGAGAGUGGACGGAAGUGUUCGGAGACACCGAGGAGGGAGCGGGCGCGGCGUCAGGGAGACCGGCGGAGGCCCAGCAAAAGGAAAACUCCUUCUUUCUCCCAUCUCAGCUGUUGGACCAGAGCUUGAAUAAUCCACAGUCUUCCCUCUCAGAUUGGGCCGGGAUCAUUCCGGCGCCCGUCGCCCAGGCAACGGAGCACUCAUCUGGAGCCAAUCAGAACCCUUCUAAGCCAGCACUGAAAGAGAAUCCAGGGACGUCCAAAGACCUCUCAGCGUGGUUCAACCUGUUCGCUGACUUGGACCCCCUCUCCAAUCCUGAUGCAGUCGGCAGAAGCGACACAGAGCAUGAACUUCACAACGCAUAGUUCUUCCUCAGCGUCAUGGUUUAUCUGAAAUGGGUACCUUUGUUGGUGGGAACAGCAGACUGUAGCUGCCAGCGUGAUUAGAGAACAAUCAGAUCGACCACACACACAAUCGUCUUCUCUUUAGACUUCAGUUACAGUAGAUAUAGAGCUGAAACAAUUAGUCAGCUAAUCAAUAAGUCAAAAGGAAAAACAACCAGCAACUCUUUAUAAUAACCAUCAUUAAAAAAUGGUUAAUUGACAGUUAAUUAAACCUAAGUUAAAGGUCCAGUGUGUAGGAUUUAGAAGGAUAUGUUGGCAGAAAUAGAUUAUAAUACAAUAAGUAUGUUUUCUUUCGUGUAUAAUCUCCUUGUUGUGUUUUCGUUACCUUAGAAUGAGACGUUUAUAUCUACAUAGAGAGCGGGUCCUUGUCUACGGAGAUCACUGUGUUGCACCACCAUGUUUCUACAGUGGCCCAGAAUGGACACACUAACCUAACACUGGCUCUAGAUAGGGACAUUCACGUUUUCGCAUCUCCCACCGUAGUCAGCAGCCCCUCUGCGAUGAGCAGCAUCGGAAAAACACAUUUUUUAAAAACAUGAAGCUGCUUUACUCAGUGUUUUUACCGGUUUAAAUCACCUGGGGUCUCAUUUAUAAACACUGCGUACGCACAAAAUGAGGCCUGAAAUAAGCGUACGCCAUUUCCCACGCAAAAGUUGUGAUCUAUAAAAGCAGACUUGAUGGGAGAAACUUUGACCCGUGCUUACAAAUAUUUUGGAGACGGGAAAUUGGCGACGCAGAUGGUGAGGUUAAAGCCUGAUUGUAGAAACUGUCAAAUAUUUUUUUGGCGCACGUCAUUUUUGGCUUUUGUCCGUACGUUAAUUUCUAGUUAGAGCCUAUGCACUAUUUUAUAAAUGAGACCCCUGGUUCGUUUGUUUUGGAGAGGAAGAGACCUCCGGGGAAAAUUUAGCUCCCAGUAAAAACCACCUGAAUGUUUGGAUCUUAACUCAUCAGUGAAAAAAGUUGAGGAUUGAGAUCUAGGCUAGAGGCCCGUCUCCAACAUGCCAAAUAGCAUCUGAGAAACACAGAUUUGUAACGUGAAACUGCUUUAUUCAAACCAAUUAUUAACCAUUAAAAAAACUGUUAAUACAAUAUAUAAAAUGUUAUGUGUGCAACAAUAAACUGUUAAAAAACAAAAAAUGACAGCAUUACUAAUUAUCAUUUAGUUGUUCGUUAAAGGUUAAAUAAUUUAAUUUACCAUCAAUUUACUAUUUAUUAAUGACGGUUAUCAUUAAGUGUUGUCAAAUAUUGUGAUAAUUGAUCCGUUAUUUCAAUAUUUUUCAAGCAAAAAAGCCAAAUAUUUUAGAGGAUAUGCUGAUUUCUUUAUCAUAUAUGAUAGUAAACUGAAUAUCUUUAGGAUUUUGACUAUAAUAAUAUAAAUAAAUAAAAUAAUGUGAUGUAAAAUAAAUUAGAAUGGGCUUCAUCUUCAUCUGAUAGAGGUAACAGUUAACCGACUUAUGCCCAAAGACUAUAUUUAGUAUGAUAAGGAAAAAUAUUUGUCGUGAUUGGUGUAAAGUCUUAAAAAUUUGGUACAGACACACAUUGCGGAAAGAAAACGGUACAAUGUAGAAUUUUCUGGAUCAAAUAAAAAACUUGUGCUUUUAUCAAUAGUCAAAAUCAGGAUCACUGAGAAAAAAGUAUGUGUGCAUAUGUAUCCUUGAUAUCAACAGAUUCGUUCGUAGUUCAUAGAUAUCAACUACUUGAUUGUGCUCCUUGUCGUCUCUGAGAUACAGAGACACUUCAGGACACACUUCAGAAUUUCAUUUGCAGACACAAAUAGGUUAAUUAUCAUAAUAAAAUAAUCGAUGGCAGGAUCUUUUUCUUGUUAUAGCAAAAUAUAUAACUGUGGCGGUCCCUUAUUAUACUUUCAAAUAAGACAUGUUUGUUACUGCAAAAAACUCUGAAAUGUCAUUAUAACAAAAAAAAAAGUUAGUUGAACAAAAAGGGCUUGUACGUUUAAAUAAUUACAUACAGUACAUUUAAUAUCAUUACAGUAUGUUAUUAUAAUGAGAGAGAUAUCACUAUACCAAGUGAAAUGUUCCUGUUAUUACAAGAAAUGGAUCUGAUUGUUCUUUCUCAUGGUGGCAGUAUAGCGCUGCUGUAAAGAGUCCCACUAACAACUACCAGCUCUCGUCCUUUACAAGACGACCUUACUCAGCCUGUUGGCUCCUUCACUUGGGUUAAACACUUAGUGAUUUUUAGCGUGGAUACCUCAGUAUGAGUUUGGAACAACAAGCCUUCGACAUUAGCUGCCUUGGAAAACUGUAGUCUCUAGUAGCAUCCAUGCUUUAUUUCUGAUUCUCAUUACUGAAGGCUGCGAACAGGCAGAGCUGCACAACAGCAGAGAGAAACAUGACAAAGAUCACAGUGCAAUAGUUCGUGUGUUUACGAAAAUACUGGAACAUGAAGUUACAGAGAAAUAUCCAAAAAUAAAAUGUAUUUUUCUGCCAUUGAUCUACUGAAAACUCCAAGCCGGUUAAGUGAUCAGAAUUAUUGACAGCUAUUUGAAGAGGUGAACAAAAGUAAAGAGGUUAUGCUUUUAAAUUUGUUUGCCAAAUGCUGUAUUUGUGAUUCCCCUCUGAAUAUAUCCCACAACUUGUCAUUACAUAAAAAUACACAUAUCAGUCGUUCAUUACUGCAUGUUGCAUGCCUUGGUUUUAUGUUAUCCAGUAAAAGUGACUGAAUGAAAACUGUAUUUAUAUUCAUUUAUUUUUCAUCAUUUGGACACAUAUUUAUUUUGUUCAAUUAUUGGCGUUCAUGGGCACUAUAUGCAGUUUUCAUUGGAUUGUUUUCGGAGCCAAACUACCUGGAAGUACAAUCAUAAACUGAUUUUAACUACAAUGCUGCAUAAAUUAAAUAUAUAUAUAUAUAUAUCAGAGUAAAUGCCUUAAUCUAAUCACAAAUCAACAAUAUAGAACCUCAUCAUGAUUAUUGGAUUCGUGAAUUUAUUUUGUUGUAACGUAGCCUUGUGUCAUUUUUGAUGUUGGAGCCAUGUGACAUUUAAAAUCAUAACCAAAUACAUUGACUGCCUUACCUUGACUCCUGUUUGUACAUAAAUGUCAUGCUUGUGAAUACUGAUAUUACUCCUCUAUGUGUCUGUCUGUCUACGGCCUUUGAAAAACAACAUACAUACCAAUCCAAAAAGAGACUUUUUUUGUUUUCUUUAUUGAAAAAACACACACAAGAUCUACAUAAAAAUGCGUAAUACACAGGAGAACUGAAUCACCAUUGCCAAACAUGGCAACCAUUUUUUAACUGCACUGCACAAUGAGCUUGUGAAUAAAAUCAGAAUUAGUAUGAUUGAAACUCUUGGAGCUGCAAGCAGAAGAGAGUAUCUCAACUUAAUUUGUGUGGAAUGUGUUGCAUAUUGUUCAUACUUGUGAUUCUGUGCAAGUAAGUGGCUUGAUAGACCAAAGUUUUGGAAUGAAACAUUUACUAGUUCAAAGUUUACCUGGUCUACAUCAGUCAUGUUUUUUUGUUUUUUGUUUUUUGUUUUUUAAAUAUGUUCUGGUGUUAAACUUGUGCAGGUAACGUUAGGGCACAUCUGGUUGGAUCUCUAUAUUGAGCCAAACUGUGUUACACAAAAACUGUUAGUGUAGCGUUACUUCAAACAAAAAAAUCAAUUGCACACUCAAGUUCUGAUUGUUUUAACUUACAAGUUGGUCUAAAAUAAAAAUAGUGAUUAUCAUCUCACUUCCAAGUAAGUGCUUAGGCUUGGUCCAACGAUUAUCGCCUGUGUUUGAAACACUCUGAACCAGUGUUUGUAUGUAGCUGAAGUGUUUAUAAACCAAAUGCACAUAAACAUUCUGCUUCUGGCACAAAAACAGUGCCUCCUGCGUCCCAAGUACAUGACAGGCCUGUCAUCAUUCUGCAGUUUGCUUUGGUACAUAUUUAACAAAGGGGAGAAACAAACGACAUAUCUGUCAAUUUGUGAGGGUGUAGCUUAUGUAGCUAGUUCGGCUUACACGAGUAGUCACGGUUGACUAAAGCAACAGCGAUCUCUGGAAUGUGUCAUAGCACCUGAAACUCUAACCUGAAGAGGUUAACGCAAAAGUCACCUGUCACGAGCUGUGACACCAAUCGGUUGAUUCAGUCCGUUAUAAUCUCCCUCUCCAGGGGAAAAAAUAAAACAUUUCUGCAAAAGACUGGAAUGUCUUUCUGUAGAAGAAAGUCAUAAACACUGGGGAAAGGCAACAUAGUCCAAGCAAGUACAUUCCACAUGACCUGAGUUAUUGUUCUGUGUAGUGUGGGGCAAUAAAACAAGGCAAUGGGGGAGUUGUGUGCUUUGUGAUUGGUUAUUUGAUCGCUGAAAAACAGCUGAUAUUUUGCAUUUUCUGUGUUGAGCUAACCGAGUUUUAAUAGGGAUCAGACUAGAAUGCAGAUCUAGGUCUUGGCUUGUCGGCCUGUUGGGUGGAGCGUCAAGCAAACUGCUGGUUUCACAAAGACAUUGUGCUACAAAUACUUUAAAAUAAACAAAUAAAAAAAUAGGCCAUGGCCUGUAUCAUUCUGAGCCAUGUCUUAACAAGUGCAAACAUUGUGGUUAACGUGGGGCGAUGUAUUCUGACUGUGAGACAUUCUGAUAUGCUAAAUACAUAAACCGAGCAUUUCCAUCCUGUCAAAAAGCUUACGUGUAUGUACUUAAGAUGUUAGCUCGCUGAACACUGAACAGCUAAUAAGCUGGUUAGAUAACAUGAGUAGAAUGUGUUUCUCAUAGCUGUCUCUUGUGAAAGAUUUUUCCUUUUUAAUUUCAUCUUGAUAAACUGCCGGCACCUCGUGACACAAUCAUGUGAGCAGUCAUUUCUACCUUUUUUUUUUUUUU